GAGGACUUCUGCUCUGGUUCCUGCUCGGCUUGCUGUGGUCUCUUCGCAAACUAAUCCUCUGCCUUCUGCUCCCUUAGGUGGUGCUGGCCGUGAAUUCCUUGGUGCUCCAACUGGUUAAAGAUUGGGGAUUAACCAUGGGGUGUCUUCUCUGGAUUAAUCCACAAGUUUAUGCUUUUCUCCUCCGAUCUCAAGCUCUUACGCCUGUUGCUGGCCGAGCCUGAAUCCCUAAAGGUCUGGCUGACAAAAAGCAGACCCGUGAGGCAUUAGUUGGUUGUCUUUUAACUUCAUGGUCUUGUUAACAGCCCCGUGUUGCUCCUGCCACCUUUUCCUUUGCUGCUGUGAUCGCUCGUGCAUCAGUUCAGACGAAGGCAGGCAGUUCUUCCGGCACAGCGCUCGGCAGGGCCGACCCCGGAGCAAAAGACCCCGCUUGCAUCAGUAGGUGGCUUCAGUCAGUGCCAGGGGGGUAGAAAAUUCGACUGGGCACAGCCUGUGUUCAGCCUUUCUACCCGUGGUCUUUGGAUCCUGAAGCUGAAGCUGCCGUACCUAUUUCUGGAGAAGUCUCCAAGCUCUUGCGCUGCGCUGAAGCAGGCGUGCGAUCUUCCCAGCCAGAAUGCAGAGAUUUCUGGGCACGGUGCAAGGCAGGCAGCGUCAGGGCGGUCAAGUGCAAAGUGAAAAACGAGAUUACAUUUGUUUAUUUAUUUUGGUAGGGUCAGAAGUCUUUCCAAAGCAGAAAAGAGGCUUAUGGAGGUACUGAACCAGCCGAGCAGAUGUCACAGCUGUGGUCUGACGUGGUUUCACGUGUUAAAUCUUCGGUCUGUCGUUAGGUUGAUGCGAUGGUACUUCAUAAAGUGUGCCCCUUUAUGUGGCAGCAGGCACGUUCUUCUGACUGCGGGGACUUCACCAACGUCUGGCCCUCUGCCACUCGUGUGCCGUAGUCUGUUUGGUGUGGUACACGUGCAGGAGCGAUGGCUUGUACGAGGGUGUGUAGCCGUGGACAGGCGGUGUGCAGACGUGCUCUCUUGCUUUGAGAAAUGCAGACUGUGUUUUAUAGGUGCCUUGGUGCAACAGUGAGUUCCUCAAGACCGUAAAAAGCAGGUGUGCGUGGUGUGACUGGAAUCAAGGGGCAGCUUUUCUCCUGCAGUCUGAUAGCAGUCAAAGCCAAGGCAUCGCUCCUGAACUGAAGUUGUGUCAGGGGUGGUGGGCUCGGUCUGUGCGAUGACCUCCUGUUAACAUCGCUGCAAGACAGUUCCUUCUCUUCUGAAGGUAGCUUCUUUGAGAAGCAGGAAAAAUCUGAAGGGUCCCCUGAAGAAGAAAACAAUGUACCUACGGCUAGAGAUCCAGGUGGAAACAGUAUAGCGUGAAGUCAUGGCUAUCCUGUUCGCUGUCGUGGCGAGGGGCACAACCAUCCUUGCCAAGCAUGCCUGGUGCGGAGGAAACUUCCUAGAGGUGACAGAGCAGAUCCUGGCAAAGAUACCGUCUGAAAACAACAAGCUGACCUAUUCACAUGGGAAUUACCUGUUUCAUUACAUCUGCCAAGACCGGAUCAUAUACCUCUGCAUCACGGAUGACGACUUUGAACGUUCCAGAGCCUUCAACUUCCUGAAUGAAAUCAAGAAGAGAUUUCAGACCACGUAUGGCUCAAGAGCACAGACAGCCCUUCCCUACGCAAUGAACAGCGAGUUCUCAAGUGUCUUAGCUGCGCAGCUGAAAUACCACUCGGAGAGCAAGGGUACUGACCAGGUGGCAGAGACGCAAGCCCAAGUCGAUGAACUUAAAGGAAUCAUGGUUCGAAACAUAGACCUCGUGGCACAAAGAGGAGAGAAGCUGGAGUUGCUGAUUGAUAAAACCGAGAACCUUGUGGAUUCGUCGGUCACUUUCAAAACUACCAGCAGGAACCUUGCUAGAGCCAUGUGCAUGAAGAACCUCAAGCUCACCAUUAUCAUCAUCAUUGUAUCAAUCGUUAUCAUCUAUAUCAUUGUAUCGGCUGCCUGUGGUAAGCUUGCAUAGCCAGCCUGUGUGCAGAAGUAACCGGGAGCAGUUGGUGCUGGUCAGUUGGAGAUGAGAAUCACAGGAGUGUGAAGAAGCAACCUACAGAAUAACUCUUAAUCUUUCACUACUGACACCUUCUCAUUCUUCAUCCCUCCAGGACUUCAGACUUCUUUGCCUUACCACCCCAAACAGGCCCAGCUGGUCGCUGCUUCUGUGCAGCUGUAACCUCAAGAAUGGGCUGUUUUAAAUUACUUGAAGGGAUUUUUUUGUUUUGUUUUUCUGUCCCAUCUACAGCCUCCUCAGCUGGGUAGGCGGUACAGCCAGCUCUGGAGGGCACGCGCAUGCUUGCCCAUGUGUCCCUGCAGCUUUGCACUUUCAUGUGAGUGUGCAAGUGGAGAACUACGGUUUAGCAACCGUCCUACCCACAAGGAUGGCACUGGAGGGUAGUUCAGGGUGGGCUGAGCCAAACUAAUGGGAGAGACACAGGAUGGGUGUGUGUGUUUCCAUUUCCCACAAACAGUGGAGAUCCAGGUGCCCCUCCCUGCACAUCUGGCCUCUUGCAGUGUUUCAACACGUAGCGAUUGCAAGUGCAAUAUUGGUAGUAAGAAAAUGGCUUUGGGGCUGGGCUUUAUGCACUGUAAAAUGUAGGUGCUGCUUCUGUAUGAAAUCUCCUUUUUCCUGGUGGUCUUUCUGCAGUUGGUAGGAGAGGGUGUUAGGUCACCUCAGCACUUUGAAAUGGCCUCCUCUUCAUUAACAUUUCUUCCUCUCCCUUCCCCUUUAAUUUGUGGCUAAAUCAAUCCAGUAAAGGAGACGGUUCCAUAUAGUUAAGGUUGCAAUAAUGCAUAUGCUUUGUCACCUAUUAUUUCUCUUCUUCUUUUGAGGUUGGACUAAAAUGAGUAUUAACAUUCUCACUUGUUAAGGUGAAGUUGGGGGGGCCAAUCAAGGCCAACCUAUCAAUCUGGCUUAAGGUGUCAGGUAUUAGCUGCUUGUGCUUCUACUCAGAAGGUUUGUGCUAAGAACUGAAGACAGAGAAGGAACAGAAGGCUGGAGUUGAAUGGAUGGUUACUUUCUCUAUGGUCUGAAGCAGAAAAGAUCUUUCAGAGGAUAUAGUAACAGGUAUUCCUGUGUGCAAAAAAAAUUAUUUAUAUAUACCCAAAUCUCCAAGGCUAAUAACCAAACGUAGGAUCAGCUACCCUGGUAAUGUGCUGCUAUCACGAGUAUAGGGACUGCUCUGCCUAGUGUUGGAAGCUGUGAUCGCUGUAUUUUUGUCCCAUCUGGGUAUCUGAAUUAUCAGGCCACAAGCCCCAGACAGCCCCGGGAUGGGCGUUGUGCAACAAGCAGGCGGGGCAGUGUGGCGGCUGGAAGUCCUGGCUGACUGGAACAGAAGCUGUUGUUGCCUGGGGUGCGAGGAGUGUGGGACUUCCAUCUCAUAUCUUAGAGGAUUAUUUCCAAGAGAAGAAAUGGAAACACCUGAAAUCUCAUAAAAGCAUCAAGUGGUGUAAUAAGGAAGCUGCAUUGCUUUGGCACAGGGAAGUGACUUCUAAUGAUGGGUGGAAGCUGUGCAGGUGUAGGAAAGGGAGGCUCAGUUUGGUGACUAAACUCUGACACUUGGUGCCAUGGGUUCCCUAAGCCCUGCAACACAGGCUUGCCACAGGCAGGACAGUGAUAUUAAAUGGCUGCUCCUUCACAUGCUUUGCUUGGUGUACGGUACAUUGACCUUGGAGCUUUCCAGCAGGUGCCAGGUAAAAAGUUCUCUUGUAAACUUGCAUGGUUAUUUAUUUGGAUUUGACUGAUUUUACUAAUGGUAAUCAGAUCUUGGAUAUCCAGAAAGUGCCAGUGGUUCUGAUCAGUACUGUGGUCACUGGCCUUGGUUUCUAUUUUGUGUUAUGCCACUGUGAAGCAGAGAAAGACUUCCUUCCUCUUACCUGGAAGUGGAUGUGGAAGAGAGCCCUUCUGCCCCUCCUUAUUAUCGAUACAGCCUCCCCCCCAGCUCAGUGUACAAUUGUGCAUGUUUUAGGGAUUGUUAAUGUUACUGUGUUAAUUUCUAUGAUUUGUUGUCUUAUGUACAAACACUUUUUAAUGAAGACUUCCUUUUCUUUUAAAGGAUGCACUGAGAUAUUAGUGUAAAAACAAAGUUAACCUGAUCUAAAUAAAAUGACUGUACAGAAAGCAGGUUUCCUUAGCUUUGUGAAAGGCUGCCUGACGCUAGAUGUAGACUGUUGGUAGGAGUUACUCUGUGAAACCAGUGUGUCCGUGGGGAUGUGGGUCUCCCUGUGUAACACUGCAGCUCCAAGCCUGGUGUCACCCUGUGUGGCUGCUUGACAAAUCACACAGAGAAAUCCUGCUGUGAAACAGCUCCCACGAAGUCCAUGUGUAAUUUCUCAGCUUUGAGAGGAUUCUGACUUAGCUUUGAUGCAGGUGUUAGAGCCUGUCAUGACUUGACAGUGGCUUUAUUUCUGAUGAUGGAAAGAAUCUGCUUCUUCCUGGUUUUGACUUAGAGCAUCUGUGAGUGCCUGGGACAGAGGGAUGCUGAGAGAUACAGGAGAGGAUGCCUGUUUGCUCAGGGCACUUAUGGGGGUGGAGGGAAUAUAAAAGGAAGUGAUGAUACAGGCAGUAGUGCUAUCACUUGGAAGCUAAAUAAAAAUUUGUGUGAAAAUGUGUUUUAAGGCAAUUUUCAGCGACGUGAGAUGAAACCUCUGUGUUACGCAAAAUCCCUAAUAAUGGAUAUAAUUCCUCCCUCUAGUCUUAGCUGGGAAGAACCCAUCUUUUCUGGAAGAGUUUACCAUACUGUGCUGGACUGAUUUAGUGCAGCAGCAGCUGGUGACUAAGCUCACUGCCUUGCACUUGAGUCUCCAUGUUUAAAAAAAAAAAGGCAAAAAAGCUUGGUAGCCUUUCAUCUACCUCAGGAAUGUUAAGUGGCUGUAGUAGCGUUAAGUGCUGGAAUCAGACUCAUGCAUCAGUAUGAGGGGGUUGGAUUUCCUCUUAAACUUGCAGAAACUGUUGAAGUUCAGUUGAUACCUUGAUGUGAGGUAAAGAAAACUUGCAUCCUAAUGAUGGCUGCUAGGGCUUAGAGAUGAUACAGAAUAUCAAAUCUGAAUGAAGAUCACCUGCUCUAAGCCUGGCUGGGAAAAUGAAAGGAUUUAUCGUGAAUUAACAUCUCAUUAGUUUAGUUGUUCUUAUAGAGCUGGGUUUUGUGCUUCAUGCUCCUGAUCUGUGGACCAAAAGCAAAUAUAUGGCUCUCUCUGGGGAGGGAUAACCAUCUUCAAGUGCUUGUUGGUAUCAGGUGUAUAUUUAAAAUGCCCAUGAAUUCAAGCAGAAGCUAAUCUCAGAAUAUGGCCCUGAUUAACCUUCUGGCUUGCUUCUUCUAAAUUAGCCUCAGGUCUGUCUAGAAACAUGUAUCUAAAACUGAGUCUGUAGACAGCUGUCUUUCAGUUCACAGAAACAGUUACAAAAAUCUAUUAAGCUUUAUCUACAAUAUAAUCUUAAAGUAUUUAAACACUUACUUUCUCUAGAAAGCUUUUGUUCUUUAUUUUCCAUUAAGUACCUGAUUAAAUAAGUAGCAGCUGUCUCAACUUAAGAGGCUGCAGAGAAAUGUAGUGCAUGUAAAAUGCUGGCAUGCUCUUAACUUUGGAAUAUAAACCACAAUAAAGACAAAAGAAAAACUCUCAAACAAUAGAGAAAUCUAA